AUGGCAUACAAACUGGCCCAACUUGGGGCUGAUAAGGUCAUUGAGGCGCCCUAUAAGGUCACAGGCGUUCCCCUCCGUAGUUUGGAAGAGGACGCUAGCGCCUGUAUCGUCCCGUUGAUCCGAGUUAUGUGGACCGGGCGUUGGGCAAGGAGCCAUAGGUCCAGGGUACGGUCAGAUGGACAAGGUCAGUACCCCCGAGCACACCAGGAGUUUGGCUGCGUGCCCGCCAAGUUCCCCAACUCCUUAGGGUCUUCACAGUGCAUUCUAGAUCACGCCUGUGAGGGUUCUCCUAGUGGAAACGGGCAUCCUCUCGAUGCCAUCUGCGAUGAUGUCACGCCCACUGGAAGGCUAGUUAGGGUACAGAUGCUAGAUGGGAGCCAUCGGUCGGUGCGUCCCUGCCUCGUCAAACCCGCCGAUGACGCCUGCGGGCGUAGCCUUGUUGAAAGCGAUGACAAUGUACCAAACCUAGUAUGCUUGCGUGAUGAACAAGCGAAGGGUGCUCGAGUAUUGGUUGGGGCGGUAGCCUGCCCGAAGUUUGAAGGGUUCAAAGGUUACGGUUCCACAUGCUCUUCUCUGAGCGAUUAUUCUAUGAUCGACGGUCGUGCCUCGGAGAUUGAUGGACAAGCGGGUACUCGAGUAUCUGUUAAUGCCGACCACCCCCCAUAUGGUGUAGAAGGACUUUCUCGUGAGGAUGGUUACGGAGAGGUUGUUGACAAGACAAGUAUUCAAGUAGAAGACAAGGACGGCCAAGGCCCCCAUGAGCCAUUCUUGUCAACUACAACCGAUCAACCUGGGGACGCUCAGGAAGACGGUGAAUUAACUCAAGAUCAACGUGUUGAUAGGGUUACCAAUAAGGAUUACCCCGAGGACGGCAACGAUGAUCAACGCGGGCAACAGAGACUCCAUAACGCCUCUGACAAUAAGCAGGAGAGAAAGGAAGAGUAUGAAGAAGAUAAGGUGAACGAUGAGAAUAAGAGGGAUACUGCAAAUGAUAAGAGGAGAUAUGGAGAGAGUGGAAAGCGAUACAACCCUUAUGAUGGGAGCUCUGGAAGUGGGAGUGAUAGAUCGAGAAGGGAUAAGUAUGGUGGAAGGAGAAGUAGAAGGAGAAGAUCCCCUACGAGCGACCCGACAUCCUCGGAUUCGAGCUCGGAUAGUAAGGGUAAGAGACCGAGAUCGAGCAAUCGAGUAGAUCGUUCGAGUUCGGAGGAUAGUGAUUAUGGGGUGAAGCAUCGCCUAACAGGCGGUGGACACUUCCAUCCAGUACAUAGGGUUGUACGAUCCUCUCGGAAGUGUGAUGUCUGUGCCACAAGAGAGUGUCGGACCAAGAUCCACUACAAGGAGUACGACUCGGCCGAGCAGAUGGCUAUGAAGCUUAGGCCAGCAAGAAGGUAUAAUGGCGGAGAAGAUAUACGGUCUGGUACGACAUGGAUCGAAGAAAUGGAACGAACUACUGAAGGUCAUUCUGAAGUGGUUCAAUAUUUGUGGCUGAAACACCACACGGAUAUGGAUGUGUGGGGUAAGGUUACUGAUAGAGAUAGUCCCCCGCACAGAUGCUAUAAGUCAUUCGCCUAUCAUUUGGAAAGGGUCUGCAGAAGGUUUAGGAAGAUAUAUGAUACCGACGAGCACUUACAGCGUGCCAAUAGGGCUUUCCAGUUAUGUACGCAAGGUAAGGAUUCGGUUCAUCGGUUUGCUAAGCGACUCGAGAGGCUAUCUACUGAGCUAUAUCAUUUGGGUGCUCCACCCUUGGAGUAUAUGCUAAAGUGGAGGCUAUAUACGGGUUUAGCGGAUAAGGAAUUGCGAAUCAAGUUGGAUGAUUAUGUAUCAGACCCUAAGGUGAGCUAUCAACGGUUCCGCGAGAAGGUUCUCACCAAGCAUCGGCGUAUGUACCAAAUAGCGAAGAUGAUUGAUGAAGACUACGCUAUGGGAAAUGGUUAUGAACCUGAAGAGAGAAAGCGGUUUAGGAGUCCUAGUCAUGACCGAAAAGGAUCGAAGUUUGUACAAGCACUUCUACAUGCAUCCGAUAGUGAAGAUUCGGCAAGCAGUAUGCGAAGGUGUCACGUCUUUGCCAUGGGGCAAGAUAAGGCCGAGUUCAAGUGCUAUCGCUGCUUGGGUAAAGGUCAUUCUGCAAAAAGGUGCACAGCUGAAGAACCCAGGGAUUUAGAUGAGAGGUGUCUAAGGUGCGGGAGCCCAGGGCAUAGAUUGGAUGACUGCAAGAUCCAAGUUGAGAGGGCUACGUGUGCCAGAUGCGGUUUGGCUGGUCAUUUGGCCUAUGUGUGUAGAGGGAGAAUCAAAGGUCUGACGUCUUCAAGGAGUCCAUCCCCUAUGAGAACUAAUCGCCCAGAUAAGGCGAAGGUGCAUUGUGCUACUUAUUCUCCAUUCAGGAUAUUUACACUUUCUGGUGGUCUACAGGGUUUAGAAGAACGGUAUCACCUUAAUCUAUCUUGUAAGGAGAAAAUGGCUAUGGUUAUAGGGGAUGUUGAGAUUGAAGGAGAGACUAUUACCGCGCUCUUCGACACAGGAGCCGAAUUAUCGCUAGUCACUAUAUCUACAUUAGAGAGGCUUGGUAUGGAUGGUGCUAUCGAUACUACGGUUACCCCUCCCAUUGUCGUGGCAGAUGGUGGUAAGUUGAGGAUAUAUGGUGCGGUUAUGUUACGUAUUACUACACCUGAUAUUUCUAUUAAGGAUCAGUUUAUAGUCACUGAUGACUGUUUAACUGUCCCGCUGUUACUAGGAUGUCCAACAUUGGCAAAAUUGAAGACAUCUAUUCACGUCACCUCUGAAGGAACUUAUAUCCAGACCAACGUGGGACCUGUGGAUCCUAUUAAAGUUAAAGGGAAGGUGAAGUUCUCCGAUAAGGUUGAUUAUUUCCCUGAAGAAAUAUUUCAAGG